AUGGAAAACCACAACCACCAGUGUGGCAUCGAGAUGCAUAGCCACUCCUCAGGCUAUCCUCUGCAGGGCCAAGCAGCGCGGGCCCCCUCAAUUGAGUGCUUGAAUCAGACUGUGUCAGACCAUUCCCCAGAUCUGCAUCCGGCGUCUCCAGCCGCGAACAGCUUCGGUUUACACGGCAAGCCUCCAUGCAGGCAAUUCCCACAGACCCAAGACAACCACAUGCAGACCGCCGAGGCUGAGAUAUUUGGGCACGUCCACGAUAUCUCUCCUCGCGCAUAUCAAGACCUACAGAACUUCUAUGCAACGCAAUGCUGGGACAGUACAUGGUCUUUUGUUCCUGUGCGCCUUCUUCAAGCCUUUGUCGAUCUCUACUUUGAGUACUUCGACCCCCAAUUCCCCUUUUUGCACGUCUCGCAUCUAAAUGCUGAAGAGGUACCUUGGAUGUUGCUCUUGGCGACAGCGGCUAUUGGAAGCUAUUACUCUGAACUUGACGAUAUACAUGACUAUACCUCGAUACUGUGCGACUUGCUGGGCAGGGCGGUGGACAGCGAAGCCAUGGUGCAGAUCAAGCGACCUAGCAAGCCCCUCAUUCAGAGCACUUUCUUACAUCACAUCCACCUUUCGUCCUGCGUGCUCCAAUGUAUCCACUUUUUCUUUACUGGUAUCCCCACAGACUUCAGUCUGUUCGAUAUCUCGCAGCAAGUGCCCUGUCCUAGUCGCAUUUGGUAUUCCACAGACAUCAAAGACUGGAAGUCGAAGCAAAUGGAGUUACAAGCUGUCCGAUUGCAGCCAGAAGCGUCCGAGGGGGCCCGGACACCUGAAACGGAUAGCGAUCCCUUCCUGUCAAAGAUUAACUUACUGGCACUGUACGUUAACGAGAAAAAUCUCGAAAGGCAACAACACACAUCACGGCGAGUGAUAAAAUCUUUCGGCUCCCACCUCAGAGCCAUGAGUCCAAGAAUCUCCAAUGCUCCCGUCAGGCAUUCUUUCAUCGAAGACAAGAAUGCUAGUAUCGAUAACCCGCUUUUGGAUGAAUCCAUCGACCACAUCGUGUUUUUGACGAGGGAACCAGGUCGUUGCCACGGAUCUCUUCCUCACAUCCUGGCUAUUCUCCGGUGCAUCUCCUUGCGGACCUUGUUUGCGGGUACCGGCUGGCAAACCGACACAACUCAGAUGACAGAGAUGAAGACCAAGUUUAGAGAGUUUCUAGAGCGCGACGGACCGCAGUCAAGGAAGUGCCUGUGGCACGCCGCGUGCAUUUUCAAGUCGGUGCAGACCACAAGGCAUCUGGCAUGCUACGACAUGUUCAGUGUUGGGGUUGCCACUUGCUACAUUAUUCUGUACAUGGAGCUACGACGGAUGGAGUUCCCGUCUUCGCAGACAAUAUCAGACGCCUAUCUUGGGUCGUGCGCAGCCGCGGCGCCGCCGCGACGUAUAGUACGGCUCGAUCAGAUCUCUAACCGAGAGGAUGUUCAACAUUGGGUCAGAAGUGGCGGGGAUACUGAUAUCCACUUGACCAACGUGGGAAUCUUACGCGGUCCGGAUUCCCUUGCACGCUUCCUGCGAGCGACCGAGAAUGCUCUGUUGCGCCAAGUCGCCUGGAAUGCCUUUUCCAGAGCCUGGGCCAGAACGACGGCUCAACAUAUACACGGAGAAAAGCCUACAGUACACACCGACGAUUAUAACGAGGCAAAGGAAAGCAAGUCUUGA